AUGGACACCGAACUGAAGAUCGACCCGAGAUUCGCCGACAUUCUCAAGACCUCCGCGCUCGCUUAUGAAGCAGAAGAGCACAGUUCUUACGAGAAAGCGCUCGCCUUGCACAACGAUGCGAUCAAUAGACUGACUGCACUCGCAAAGAAAGGUGGUUUCUUUUCUUUCCUGUCGCGUGGGAAGCGACUUUUGAAGAGGCAGGUCGAGACAAAAAUCGGUCUACAUCGGGAGCGGAUCAAAGCAUUAGGGUUAUAUGGCGGCAAGGAGGGGUCAAAACUGGUGGUGCCGGCAGUGACGAGUUCAAGCGUUGCGCGUGAGCUUGGUGCGACGGAUGGCACGGCGGAAGCUCUUUUACAAGCUGCAUCCGUGGGCGAUAUCACUGAUAGCACACCACUUUCUCUAGUAGAAAUCCUCCACCCUCAGCAUGAUCUCUUACCCCUAGAAGCGGUUAUGGCAACUGUUCCUCCCGGCGCCCCCACCGAGACCUGGGUCGUCCGACGCGCGGGAAACACCGCCGCCGCCCUGGAGAAAGGAUACUUCUUCACGGUCAAGGACGCCACCGAGACCAACACACUCUACAUUCUCGAGGCUCCUAUUAUGUACGGCGCUCAGGUGCCCUUUGCGCGACUUUCCCGCGCCGGCGAAUACCCACGCACCGCCGCCCUAAUUAAGCUCUGGCGGCCGGCGCCCAUGCAACCCCUAGGGACCCGUAUCCUGCACAAAGGUAGGCCGUUAGAGGUCCAGAAUGACCUCCUGCAGGGGCCUGUCAAGGAAAACCCCGACGUGCGAGACCUAAGCCCGUGGGGACCUCGGCGCUUCAGCUACGGUUCGCGCAAUUUGGUGUGGAAGCCCAAGUACCCAGAGAAGGGGCGCGAAGACGGUAAUUUCGAGACUCUGUACGAGUACAACAGGACAUGGGCCCGGCCUGACGGCAACCUGCAGGUCCUCGACGUCUUUGACGUUGGCAAGGCUGGCAGCGAGAAAGAAUGCAAGGUGGACGACAGCAGAGUUGCUGUGGACACAUUCCGCAUUCAAUCCAUUGCGGAGCUCAAUGGCUUUCGCUGCCCGAGAGUUAAACCCAGGGACGAGGAGCAAUGCAGCCAGGAGAGGUUCGACCACGAAAAGAGCACGGGUAUCUGGUUGCAGGCAUCCCCAGAUAAGCCCUUUACUGAGCGACGCAAGCGACUGAAGAAUGGCUACGGGUUCGAGUACGAUUGUGACCUGUGCAGCGCGGAGGCGAACAUCCACAAGGCCACCGUCGAGAAGCGCGCUUCGUAUAACAAGCUCUCACAUCUUCGCAUUGCUCGCAUGUUUGCGGAAGCGUGCGCUUACCAGAAGAUCACGCCGGUCGCCGCGUCCUUCAUCGAGCGCCUCGUCGACAUGUCCAGGACCCCGUCUCGAUCUCCGCCGCCCCGCGUGGUAGCCGAGACCCUCGGCAGAGCUUCGGCCGGCGCCCCCCGAUGGUAG